UCAACAUCCGGGCAACAGUAAGCUUGCGCAGAAACGGAAUGGCGGAGGUAGGAGGAAAGUAUAUGAACUUCGGCACCAAUGAUGUGGCCCAGUGGAAUGUGGGCAAUUAGAGCAAUGAAGGCUGUGAUCAGAAGAAACAACUGUUUGAAGAAGUCUUAGAGGAGUUGGAGCAGAAGUUUUCCUGCUCCAUGAAAAUGGCAGCACAAUCCCAAACUGUCAGUGAGCCUUCCUUGGAGGAGCUUCUGGCCUAUUAUGGAUACCCAGUAUCUAAUCCACAGAAGAAGUGUCCUCUCACCACCACCCUGCAAGAUAUGACCCAAGAUAAGGAUCAGAAAGCUAAGGAUGUGUUUCAUGGCGGGAUAGAAAAACAAGCUUCAACCUAUGAUAUCCCCUCCUCCAACACCUCAGUUCUGCUGCCUUGCCUCCAGGAUGGAGACAGAUCUUCCUCUGCCAACUCAUCAGAUGAGGACACUGAUGAUUGGUCUAUUCCAUCCAAUGACGAGCACAAGAUCAAGGUUGGCUCAAUGUAUCAAGCAAAAAUCCCACCAAUAAAUCCCCAUGCAUCUGAGGAGAGAGCCUACAGAGACGAUGACCAGUUGCUUUGGAGGCCAGGGGUUCUGCCAGUGCAGGAAGUGGAAGAAUUUUUGCUGAAUGCACAAAAACUUUGUAUCCAGGAGUGGGCGGUAUGGACCCAAGGAGCCCCUAUCCAAGACAAUGAGCAGGCAUUGUAUGAACUAGUGAAAUGCAACUUCAAUGCAGAAGAAGCACUCAGACGAUUACGCUUCAAUGUUAAAGUGUUUAGUGAGGAGCUGUGCUCUUGGAGUGAGGAAGAGUGUAGGAACUUUGAGAACGGCUAUCGUGUUUACGGGAAAAAUUUCCAUCUCAUUCAGGCCAAUAAGGUCCGAACACGCUCAGUUGGUGAGUGUGUAGGGUAUUACUACAUGUGGAAGAAGUCUGAGCGGCACAUGUUCUUCAGCCAGCAAGCUACAAGGAUGAGCCGAAAGAAGUACAGCAUACAGUCAGGGAAUAUUGAGGAUGGAGACCAGGACACUGAAGGAGGAGAUCUCGAGGGAAACAACACUUUGGGGUUGCUGUCAGAGAUCUCAAUGAGCUCUGAAAAGAUGGAGUCCCCAUUUCCUGCAAACACAAAUCUAGAUCUAAACAAGCAAGAUGGUGAGCUGGUGAUGAGUCUGUCCGAACUGUGUGACGACGAUUGUCCUCAGCAGCUUUUCGACUGUCCGUUCUCUUUCUCAUCCAUCGAAGAACUUGGAGACCCUGACUCGGAUCGUCUGACGGCUUCAGUGCAGCUCCACCCUCAACCCUCUGACCAGUGCCCCGAGUGGGCCAGAGGAAGCCCUCAGUCCCACGAUGACGAUGACCACUGCUUUCUAAACUCCUGCUUCUACCAGCUGCACAUGCAGGGCAGACCUUUUGUUUCCGAUGGCUGUGGUGUGGCAGCUGGUGGAGCUCAUGCCUCCCACACUCUGCAGGUGGAAUUUAACCUUCCUUCAACCUCGGCUUCCUCAUCCGCCCUCCUCUCAUCAAAUUUCCAGGCAUUUGGCGGCCUGCUGCACCCCUAGCACUGUUUGCAUUCUCCCCCUCAGAAAGAAUUUGGGGUACAUAGAAAGGUAAAAUCUGAGAUGAGAUUAUGCUGUUCAUUUGCUCUGCAGAGAAAUAUUUAUCCAUACAGUUUUUAUACCAGAAAAGGAUGGACCUUUUGCACUGGAGUAGAGCUUGUUAUCAACGUCCGUCCAUUGCUGAAUGUUGAGAGAAUAAUGGACCUUUUAAAGCCAUCAGGUGUAUAUCUGUUAAAUACAAAUUUGUUAAAGCACAGUGGAUGGGAUGAGGGCUGCACACCAAUUUUCAAAAUCACUUCCAUUAUCUUUAACUUAUUUUAUUUUGUUAUUGUUUUUGUAAUUACAUAUUUUGUUUUGCAUCAUGCACAUCAGUUGCUUGCUUUUGGUAAGUUUUAGAUAUGGAAAUUGUUUUUUCCUUUGUCCCCUAGUUCUGCCUCAUUUUAUGUUUUUUUUAGAAUCUGGGUGAAACUUUUUCAUAUUUACGUUAAAACCUGAAUGGAAAAUAUUUUAUUUAAUAUAGAUUAGUUUAAACGCAAAGCCAUAUAGGAGCACAACAGUCCAUUUACAUUUUUCUCCCAUUUUGAUAUGUAAUGAUUAGGUUUCUACAUGUCUUUUUUUUUUUGUAUUCACUGACUUCCCACUAAUUUCCACUUCUAGUGGAACUUAGUUCAACUAAAGCAUCAACAGAUGUUGUGUUUUGAGGUCAAUGUAACUUCCUUUUUUCUCCGUUUCCAUAUAGCUCACACCUUUGAGCCAGGAAACGAACCCACCUAUUACACAAUUACACAAUUUAAAAUACUGGUUCCUACCUCGGCUUUAUUCAUAUUUAACUGAACACUUACAUUUAUUUUAUCCGGAAAACGAAAGGAGCACCUCUACUGAGCGACAUUUUGGGCUUUUUGUGUCACAUUAGAUCAUAUUUCAGUGAGAUGCUCUGGUUUAGUUGGAUAACAGUUAUGCAUUUCUUUUUUUUAUCCCCUGCAGUUGCUUUGCUUUUGAAAAUAAAAAGCCUGAAUGAAACAAACUUCUUUAUAAUAAACAACCAACCAACCAAGCAGCAGCAGCAGCACUCAGGAAAUGUAUGUAAAGAUGAAUUCUGUUCAUGUCUGACCUGGACAAGCGAUGUCUGCACAUCUUAUUUGCCUAUUUAUGUAAUAAUGGUAAUAACAGUUGAAAUUCCCUUUUUGUCGUAUUCAUAUGGUUUAUAUUUACACCUUGCUGCUUUUUGGCGACUCUAAAAUGUCAAGAAGUUUCCGAGACGAAGUGAAUUAAAUCCACUUCAAUGCUUUACAUCUAGAAUCCUUCAUUUUUUUUGUUUCCUGUAAUAACUGGCCAUGUAAAGCAUGCUCAAAUUGGAGUAAAUCUUUCUGUUUUGUCUUUUUAAACAUGGUUUGAAAGACAGUUAAAGCAGUAAAAAUUAGCUGAAAUCUCUCUUUUGGUUAUUCCUUUUUGUUCUUAUAAAUUUAUAUAUCUAUAUAUAUUCAAUUUAUGAAUUACUGUCAUAUGUCUUUUAAAUAUAGUUUGUAAAUAAACAUCUGAAAGUAAACCCACCAGUGUAAAAAU